ACUAGCAUGGAGGUGAAGAACUUUGCAGUUUGGGAUUAUGUUGUAUUUGCAGCCCUUUUUAUUGUUUCCUCUGGAAUUGGGGUUUUCUUUGCUAUUAAGGAGAGAAAAAAGGCAACUUCUCGGGAGUUCCUGGUAGGGGGAAGACAAAUGAGCUUUGGCCCUGUAGCCUUGUCUCUGACAGCAAGCUUCAUGUCUGCUGUCACUGUCCUGGGGACCCCUUCAGAUGUGUACCGCUUUGGGGCCUCCUUCAUACUCUUCUUCAUUGCAUAUACACUUGUCAUCAUCUUCACGUCAGAGCUCUUUCUGCCGGUGUUCUACAGAUCUGGCAUCACCAGCACUUAUGAGUAUUUACAACUACGAUUCAACAAGCCAGUUCGCUAUGCAGCAACAGUCAUUUACAUAAUUCAGACGAUUCUUUACACUGGAGUGGUUGUGUAUGCUCCUGCCCUGGCACUCAAUCAAGUGACUGGGUUUGAUCUUUGGGGUUCUGUGUUUGCAACAGGAAUUGUCUGUACAUUCUACUGUACUCUGGGAGGAUUAAAAGCAGUGGUGUGGACAGAUGCAUUUCAGAUGGUUGUUAUGAUUGUGGGCUUCCUGACUGUUCUUAUCCAAGGAUCAUCUCAUGUUGGUGGAUUCCACAAUGUAAUAGAGCAAUCAAGAAAUGGAUCCCGAUUAAAUAUAAUUGACUUUGAUGUAGAUCCUCUCAGGCGGCACACUUUUUGGACAAUCGUAAUAGGAGGAACUUUUACAUGGCUUGGAAUAUAUGGAGUUAAUCAAUCAACCAUCCAGCGAUGCAUUUCUUGCAAAACAGAAAAGCAUGCUAGGCUUGCCUUAUACUUUAACUUGUUGGGUCUCUGGAUCAUUCUGGUGUGUGCUGUCUUCUGUGGCUUAAUCAUGUAUUCCUACUUCAAAGACUGUGACCCAUGGACUUUUGGCAUUGUCUCAGCACCAGAUCAGUUGAUGCCAUACUUUGUCAUGGAGAUAUUUGCGACAAUGCCAGGGCUUCCAGGACUUUUUGUAGCUUGUGCCUUCAGCGGAACUCUGAGCACUGUAGCUGCAAGCAUCAAUGCCUUAGCAACAGUGACCUUCGAAGACUUUGUCAAGAGCUGUUUUCCCCAUAUUUCUGAAAAGAAGAGCACCUGGAUCAGUAAAGGAUUAUGUCUCUUGUUUGGUGUGAUGUGUACCUCCAUGGCCGUGGCUGCAUCCCUCAUGGGGGGUGUUGUGCAGGCUGCCCUCAGCAUCCAUGGCAUGUGUGGGGGACCAAUGCUGGGUUUGUUCUCUCUGGGACUCAUAUUCCCUUUUGCGAACUGGAAGGGUGCACUAGGAGGCCUUCUUACAGGAAUCACCUUGUCAUUUUGGGUGACCAUCGGGGCCUUUGUUUACCCUGCACCACCCGCUAAGACGUGGCCCUUGCAUUUAUCAAUAGACAAGUGUGAUCAUUCCAAUAUGACAUCAGUACCUCCGGUAACAUUAAGCAGACCUGCGUUAGCUGACUCCUGGUACUCGCUCUCGUACCUUUACUUCAGCACAGUGGGCUGCCUGGGAUGCAUUGUUGCUGGAAUAAUAAUCAGCUUCAUUACAGGUCCCCAAAAAGGCAAAGAUAUCCAACCACAGUUAAUUAGACCAGUUUGCAAUUUAUUUUGCUUCUGGUCUAAGAAAUACAAAAGAUUGUGCUGGUGUGGAGUUCAGCAUGACAGUGAGAAAGAGCAUGAAAACCUUGACAGUGGCAGUGACUGGAAACAAGGGACUGAAUCUGUUUUACAGAAUGGACUUCGUGGAGAAAGCUUGGCUCAUGUCCCAGGCUAUGAUCCGAAGAACAAAAGCUACAGCAAUAUGGCAUUUGAGAAAGUUACCCAUUUUUAG